UUCUGGGUAUAGCAGCCCUGUUCAUCGCACUCACGGUACGCCUGAUUGUCACUUUUGUUGUGGUACUGCGAGCCGGCUUUAACCUGAAAGAGAAAGUCUUCAUCGCUCUAGCCUGGAUUCCUAAAGCCACAGUACAGGCUGCCAUUGGCUCUACAGCUCUGGACAUGGCGCGCUCCAAGAAUGACCUUGAGCUGCAGAGGUACGGUAUGGACGUCCUCACUGUGGCUGUGCUGUCCAUCCUCAUCACCGCUCCUAUUGGAGCACUCCUCAUCAGCCUGCUCGGACCUCGACUCCUGCAGAAACCAAAGAACCCUGAGUGGGGCCUGCUGGCUACCAUUAUCACCAAAGUGUCCAUGGCCGCAGUGCUCUUUGGGGUUGUUUGGUCCAUUACAGAGAAGGAAUGUCUUCCUGGCGGGAACCUCUUUGGUAUCGUGACCUUGUUUAUUUGUUCUGUAGCCGGGGGAAAACUGUUUGGACGCAUACACUUCCCGAACAUGCCACCUUUACCUCCACUACUUGGUAUGUGCAAUUUCUGCAUUGCUUUGUGGAUGUCCUUGGUGUUAGUGGUCCCAUCUUACAGUAGUGUUCGCUCUCUCUCGCCCUCUGCAGGCACUGUGUGGGUAAAUAUACUGAGGGGACCACUGGAGGUAUUAGGUGGGGCGGUCACUGGUGUGGCCUUAGGGUACUUUCUACGAUACUUCCCCAGCAGAGACCAGGGAAACCUUGUGCUGAAGCGUUCCUUCCUGGUGUUGGGGCUGGCCGUGUUUGCUUUGUUUGGCAGCAGUGUGGCUGGGAUUCCUGGUGCAGGAGGACUCUGUACGCUAGUGCUGACAUUUGUGGCUGCAAUAGGCUGGGGGAAAGCUAAGGCUCCAGUGGAAGCGGUGGUGGAGAAGUUUUGGCAUGUGUUCCAGCCUCUUCUCUUUGGUCUCAUCGGUGCUGAGGUUAUCAUUACUUCUUUGGAGGUCACGACUGUGU